ACAGUCUACGGAAUUGGGAAAAAAAAACACGCGCGCAUGUUGCCUCUCUGUGCGCAUAAUGAUUCAUCAACCACCGUUUGCUCACGAGACAGUGAUUUCGGGUCCGACUAGUUCAUUUUACAGAGCUGAGUGUUUUGUCGUGGGCCCUCGGAUGCCCCCACCCCCACCUCUCUCAUCCCGCGUCUCGACGGACCAAACGCUGCUGCUGCAGCAUCACCGGCAGCCUCCAAACUGCGUUUUCCCUGCCGUGAUGGAUCCCUCUGUAAACCGGUGAGCUGCUACCAGAAGACCGGCUCAACUGUGGGCAACAACCGACGAGCAAUAACCGCGGCGAGAAUGUGCCAUAUAUCCAAGGGAUAAAAAAGAAAGAUAUAUAUUUCUAGCAAUGUUAUAGGAGCGUCUUGUUUACCUUCCCGACAGAUAAACAGCCGGGUGACAGUGAUAUUACGGCCGACAUGUAAGAGCUGGAUAACUAUUCCCGUGUGACCGACACCCAUCUGCAGCUGCUCACAAUAAAAUGAAAAAGGAUGGGCCCUUCAGGUCAGUAGACCCGUACUGAUUGGAGACAUGUUCUAAGGACGACAUCUGAGCCACCAUGAAAGGGUUAGGAGCCAACCGCAGUCGUCACCUGUCUGACUCGUGUGAACCACCCGGAUGCCCACAGAAGCCUCUGUGUCCUUUGUCCUCUGACCCUCACUGCGCCUUUCUGUUGAGCCCCACCAUAAACCACUAUGGCACCCUGGACCCCCAUCUCCACCAGUGCACACCCACCAGCCCCACCACCCUGACCCCUGACUGCCUGCUGCCUUUCAGCCAGGUGUCCAACAGCAGCACCUUCCCUCGUCUGCACUUCACCUCCCAGACCAACCAGGUCGACUGCUCCCAGGCCUGUAUGGCAGGUGGUGGUGGAGUUGGGCAGGGAAGCAGAGCAGGUGCGCUAUCCACCUCCUUAUCUAUGGGUAUGGGUUUGGGUCUGGGCCUUACUGGUGCUCCUAUGAUCACCAGUGGAUCAGCCACCAUAUCCUCUGCAGCAGCAGCUAAGAUGAAUCGGUUACCCUCCAACCUUUUGGAUCAGCUUGAGAGGCACCUGCCACUGCAGCGUGAUGGCUUCAGCACGCUGCAGUUUCAUAGAGGACGUAUGUCGAAGCAGCGCAGUGAGAGCCCAGGACGCAUUCGCCACCUGAUGCACUCUGUGCAGAAGCUAUUUGCCAAGUCCCAGUCCCUGGAAAACUCUGCAAUCAAAGGCAGCUUAAACGGGCGCUCCACUGGAGGACUGAGCGUCACCACAGGAGCUGGUGAGGACGGUGGUAGACCAACACGCAGGAGCAAGAGUAAAGACAGGGCUAAAACUGAGGGGCCAAAGCAGAGACCUAGGCCUAAUGCACUGGGUCUGUGGAGCUCGGACGAUGCCCUGGACACUGACACUACCAAAGCUGGCACUAUUGCUGUAGGUUACCGCAACCCGCUGACCAUGAUGACUCUUGGCAGAGCGGUGUCAGACAGCCAGGCCCCUCCCAGACAUAUCCCACAGGGCUACAACACCAUUUCUGCACAUACUCUCAAGACCUCGAAAAGCAGCAGUGACCUCAAGUUCCUGGCAUGCCAGGCGACGCAGGUAGGAUCCAAGGAAGAGGAGGCGAGAACCAGGGGAAGUAAGGAUGAUAUACUGGUGAAGAGGGGCUCCUGGUCCACUCUCACCCUCAGCCAGGCCAGGCAAGUGUUGCAGAAGGGCUCUGCUACAGUCAAUAGGACCCUGCUUAAAUCAAAGUCAUGCCACCAAGACCUGGCACAACAGUUCCUUCAGGUCCCACUGGGGGACUGGGCAGGAACUCUUGGUCGGGGCCGGGCCAGAGGAACUGAGAUCCCCUGUCGAAGGAUGCGCAGUGGCAGCUAUGUGAAAGCGAUGGGAGACUUAGAAGACAGCGAGGACUCGGAGGGAAGCCCCAAACCUUCCCCCAAAGCCACUGCCCGUCGCCAGAGUUACCUGAAGGCCACCCAGCACUCCCUGAGCGAGCAGCAGCCGCCUCCACCUCAACGCAAGCCUCGUUGCUACGCUCUCAUGCGGGAGGAUUAUCUGUGGUCUCCACUACAGAGUGCAUGCUCUAUGCAGCAUCUGAGCUCCCUGCCGUCCCUGAAAGAGCUGUCGACCAAUCGGAGCCUCGAUAACUUAGACUGCCUGGUGAGCCCGCUGGAGGCCCCUCCACGGUACAGGAACAAUGAUUUCAGCCAGUGCUCCAGCACGCUGGGCAGAGGCUCGGGCACUCAGCGUGUGAGUCUACACACGUUCUUUCAGGUAUACGGGCCGGGCUGUGGGCACUCAGUACCGUACUGUGAGGGGGAAUCGCAGGCAGUGGAGGCUCUGGAUCUGCCUGCGCCCACGUGCUUCCGGUCACGUAGCCACAGCUACCUGCGGGCCAUCCAGGCGGGCUGCUCCCAGGAUGAAGAUACAGCGUCUGUGGACUCAGACUCACCGCCGCCCACCACUACAGGCUACAGCUCCAACACCACAGUCAGCAAUAGAAAGGCUCCUCCUCCAGUCCCACCCCGCACCACAUCCAAGCCCCUCAUCUCAGUGACGGUGCAGAGCAGCACAGAGUCAGCCCAAGACACAUACCUUGACCAGCAGGACCGUGGCAGUGAGGCCAACAGCCAGUCAGGCCGCAGCAACUCCUCUGACAGUCUCUGUAGCAUCCGCACGGGCAGUUUGGCUAAGGGGACUCGACCUCCACCAGUCCCUGUCCCUGCUGCAGCUCCUGCACCCGCUGUAGGCUCUGUGCAUCCUGUUCCAGCCCCUCGUGACCUCCCUCCCACCACCGCCAACACUGUCACCACUACUACUACUUCCACAUCUACUCAGUCCCAAAAUGACACCCUGAGCGUUAGUAUCACCGUAGAGCAGCCCCCGACUGCAACCAAGAGGAAACUGUCCUCUAUUGGAAUUCAGGUGGAUUGCAUUUUGCCAGUCUUGAGAGAAGAACCACUACCCCUGACUGCCCCCCUUAAGUUUCAGUCAAUUGGAGUUCAAGUGGAGAACGGCAGGCCUCUCAGCCGGGACAGCAGCAUGGCGUCCAGACAAAAUACAGAGUGCGAGCCUCAGGAGCCCCAGGAUGCCGCGCCCACAGAAAACAACACAGCCAACUGCACCAACAGUCAAACAGUGAAUGCCAGCGCACCCAACGGACAGGACAAAGCCAUGGAACAGCAGCCCCUUAAAAACAGCUCAGCCCCAUCCAGGAUAUCCACCUCGCCCCUCGAGACCCUGGAUCCGGCAUUAGACCCCUCCUCGCUGCCACCGCCAGAUCCCAGCCUGGAGACCGCAAAUUGCAGCUCCCACGGAGAUGCUGUUCAGCCCAGCACGCCAGCUUGCCUCCGAGACGGGAACUGGUUUCUGAAGCUGCUGCAGGCGGAAACAGGGCGCAUGGAGGGCUGGUGUCAACAGAUGGAGCAGGAGACCAAAGACAACAAGCUGUCAGAGGAUGUGUUGGGAACGAUCCGCAGUGCAGUCGGCAGUGCUCAGCUCCUCAUAACACAGAAGUUCGAGCAGUUCAGAGGGCUCUGUAAUGAGAACUUGAACGUAAAUGCCGACCCACGACCAACAGCACAGGACCUCGCAGGGUUCUGGGAUCUGCUACAACUCUCAAUAGAAGACAUCAGCAUGAAGUUUGAUGAGCUCUACCAACUGAAAGCCAACAACUGGCAACUUCCUGAGAAAUCAGAGAAGAAGGAUGAAAACAAGCAGCUUCCAUCAUCUGUGCCAAAGAAGCAGACUAAACCCAAGCUGUCAGCAGGGAAGGAAAGGAGCGUGGACUCGGCCGUGGACAAACAGCGGCAAGAAGCCAGGAAACGUUUGAUGGCAGCGAAGCGCGCGGCGUCAGUACGACAGAACUCCGCCACGGAAAGCGCUGACAGCAUUGAAAUCUACGUCCCCGAGGCCCAAACCCGUCUCUGAGAGCACCGAUCAUCAAGGAAAAACCCUGACUCACUUCAGACAUUCAUUGACACAAAAAAACACACAGACAGAACAGAGACGAACACACAAAUGUACAACGGAUGCACAGAGUCCGAUCCCUCGUAGCAGCACAGCUGAUGAAACGCGGGGGAUCACAGGGCACCGAAACAAUCCAGAAUAAUGCAGAUCAUCACCCUGCUGCCAUGGGACAAAAAUAACCUUGACAGAUGUUUAAUACUAUUGUUAUUAUUGUUAUUAUUGACAUUAUAAUAAUUAUUAUCUCCUAAAGUAUAUCAGGACUGUCUUAAAUGUGCAAGUAUCUUGGAUAAGGACAUCCUGUACCUUGUGAGCUGAAGAAUCUUGGUAUCCCAGAAGUUUACUCUCUUAAAAACUCCCUUCACUGCUGAGUCUACCGGCAAGUUGUGGCUGCCUGGUUUACGAGCUGAGCUACCAUCCACACACACUCAGGACACACAUGCAGGUGUACUCACUGUCCACAGAGUCUUCCUGUUCUCUAUUUGUAUUAGGCUGCCACUCGUCGGGUGUGGCGUGCACGCUUUACCCUGUGCGCAUCAUGAGAUGGUGUUAAUGUACUCAGAGGUUUAAAAAUGCAGAGAACCAGAGGAAGGCAGUAGCAUAUAUAUUAUAAAUAUCACACUAUUACAAUGUUCAUUUUGUAAAUGUUGUAUACCAGAUUAUUUGUUAGAAAGAGGUCAGUGUUCAGUACCAAGGUAGUUUUUUAUAGAUCGAGUACAUGUACUGUCAUGAUAUAUUAGCACUUGAUGCAAUCAUUCACUCCACCUCUCUCUAUCUCUCCUCUUCACAAACGCACACUACACAGUCUGUGUCUGUGAACACCCAUCGUUAGUCUUACAUUUGUUUAGUUUUUUUUUUUUUUUUUGUUUUUUUUCUCUCGUGAAGGGAUGUGAGGAAUGACUGUCCUGCCGGUGAGCUACAGAGGAAUGUAUGAACUCGUAUGCAUUUACAGCUCAUGUUCGACUUGAUCACUGCACUUUUUUUCCCAUUCACCUCGGAUCAAGUUUGCUCACCUUCGUUUGCCUAAAUCAUUCAGACUUUCACUGCAUCCGCACACGAUGUAGGGGACCAAGACAUUCACCACUCGAUAAAGGCAUUCCCAUUCAACCAGACGACGUGUGAUAGGGUAGGGGUUUACGUGCCACUGGAAACGAAAUGGAAUAGCAUAGCAAUAAUAAAAAUCGUACAAGAGCGAGCAAUGCAGUAGGUACCCAGUCUUAAAUUAUUUAACAUUUCCAAUAAAACUUUCUUAGCAUGAAGGAUGAAUGUUUAUUUCUUGUAUGAACUGACUGCCCUUGAAAUGAUUAAAAUCUCAGGUUGAAUGCAAACUCAACAGUAGAAAACCACUAUGGAUGGAUUAUUUAUUGUAUAACCACAAAUUAACUGACCCAGUGCUCAGAGCCAUCGACCAAUAUUUUAAAUCCAGACCUAUUAAACAAGAAAAGGUUUGGUGCAGUGAAGUAAAGGCUUAAUUUGACUGCUGAUAUCGGCAGUCGUUGCCCUUUCUAGCAGCUUGAACUCCCACCCAUUUGUUGAGGAUGAACUGUGGUACAUUAUUUUUUAAUUUAAAUUUUACUGUCAUUGACACGUUAGAGGUCGACCUAAACAUGUCUUGACUUCUGUAAUUAUAAUAAUCAAUGGUGCUGCGAGGGACUAAAUAUUGUGCCAAGACGGCAACGAUCACCAACAUUUCAGUGUCAUUUGAUGAAGCUUUUAUUUAAAGUGAUUUCUUUUUUAUUUUAUUUAAUCUGCUCAUAAAUUGUCUGUGUGCGCAUUCUCAGCCAAGUUUGUGUUUGCAUCACUCCAGAUAUACGCUAUGCCUCGUCUCUGUCUCAGCUCGUGACGCUUUGAGUGUGGGACUGAAAUAAUCUCCAUGUUUCUCAAAUGGAAACACAAGUGCCAAAGGGUACAUGAGUGGAAACUAGGCAUAGCAGAUACUUGUGCACAAGUGUAGGUUGACUCACUAGGUUUUUGUUUUCUCUGUGGUGGUGUUGUGUUUUUUAAGUAAGAGCUGGCUCUCCCCCUACUGGUCAGUCCUUGCAUGACACUCCAGACAUCUUGUCCUGCUCCAUUUUGAAUCUUUUAGUUAACAUCACACGAGAAAUGACGUUGAACUGGGAAUGCUGACACGACACCAAGUUGUUGAUUUUCUUAUUCUCUUGUUUGUAUUACAUCAACAAUGGACAUGUGCAUUUCAUUGUCCAAAGAAAUCAUUAAACAUCCCUUUGCUACA